CGGAAAAGCCGUAUCACAUAGUAGUAAAUAGUACACAUUUUUUUAGAAAUCAUGAAAAAGACGAUAUUUGCACACAAUUUGAGGAGUUAACAGCUACAUUAUACGAUUUCUCUAUAAAAUAUUGUUUUUAAUUACUGGAUUCCCCUAAAAUGUGCAUUGUGAUUUUGCGCAACAAUGUCAGCUCAUAAAAGUAGUCCCACAUAGAAAAUUUGAGAGGGUGGAACGACAUAAAAUUACGAACUUUUAUAUUUCAUCUAAUUGUUACGUUAUUUGCAAAUAGUCCGAUAUACAGUUGUUGUUCAGACAUAGUUCAGAAUAAACUGAAGAUAAACAAAAACAAACAUUCCAUCAUAGACUUGUAAUUUAACCAAUUGGUUUAGAGAGAAUGGCAGGACGUGGAGGCGCACAGUGGCCAAAUGGUGCUGCUCAGGGGAAAAUAUGCCAGUUCAAAUUAGUCCUCCUUGGAGAAUCUGCAGUGGGGAAGUCAAGUUUAGUGUUACGAUUUGUUAAAGGACAAUUCCAUGAAUAUCAAGAAAGUACUAUAGGAGCUGCAUUUCUAACACAGACAGUUUGUUUGGAUGAUACCACAGUAAAGUUUGAAAUCUGGGACACAGCGGGCCAAGAACGCUACCACAGUCUCGCACCUAUGUAUUAUAGAGGUGCACAGGCGGCCAUUGUUGUAUAUGACAUCACAAACCAAGACACAUUUGGGAGGGCAAAGACUUGGGUGAAAGAACUACAGAGACAGGCCAGCCCUAAUAUAGUCAUAGCGUUAGCAGGGAAUAAGGCAGAUCUGGCAAACAAACGCAUGGUGGAGUACGACGAAGCCCAAGCAUACGCAGAAGAAAACAGUUUACUAUUUAUGGAAACUUCAGCUAAAACAGCUAUGAAUGUAAAUGAUAUAUUUUUGGCAAUAGCAAAGAAACUACCUAAAAGUGAACAAGGACAAGCCUCACAACCACGACAAAGAGGAGUAGAUUUAAAUGAACAGAACCAAUCAAGCUCAGGCGGCUGUUGUAAAUCAUAAGACCAUAUAAGGACAGUUAGUAAUUCAAACUGCGGUCUGAUGAAAUGGAAUUUUAAAAUCGAAAAUUUGUAUAGAGAUAUUGAGUUGGCUGGCACGAUGUGAACGCGGGAUCAAGUGGAAUAUUGAAGACUAAAUCAAUAAUUAUCAUGGAUUAUAAUAUUAUAAUUAUUACAUCAUGCAGUUCAUUAUGGUGAUACAGAACGGCAGAGAUCAAUGCGACAAAGCUGAGCCUUAUAUACUGGCGCCAUCUAUAGCUGCUUGAAGUCACAUUAGUGCAAACAGUAUUCAAAACAUCAGUUGUAGAAUUGGGCAUUAAGAUGGCAUCAUACAAUGUAGGGAAGCAAAAAGUUAAAUCAUAUUAACAUUAAGGAAGGCAAAAUAGAAUGAUUAUGUGAAGUCAUUCAUGCACAAACAGAUCAAGGAUCAUCCUUAGACUCAUCAGAAUUUAAAAGAUUAUCUUUUAAUAACAUUUCAAGUGUGACUGAGUUUAGGCAUCAGCUUUCAUCUGUUAUAUCGACACUUUAGUGCUUAGCUGUAAAAGCAGGUGAACCAAUGGUGUGCUUGGCCAAAUAUGUUAUUUUACAGAAUUGCACUAGGAGGAGGGAAUUACCCAGAGUUCAAAGACAAACUUGUCCUCAUUUAAAAUUGAACCUGGAGGUUCAUAUCUACAUAAUGGUAGGUUCAUCUAUGAAUUCUAGGUAAUUUUGCCCUCUUAUAGCAUUGUAGAAUUUUGAAAUAC